CUGAUAGUGUGUGCAUUGUGUGCUGGAAUGGGGCUGUUGAUGCUCAACUUAAGACAAGUUGAUCCUCCAACGAGCCCCGAUUUCCCCAUGCAAAUUCACAAUUCGGAUUCGGAGUCUGAAAGCGGUGGUGAGGUUGGGGUUGAGGACGAGCCUGAGAACAAGAGUAAGAGAAAAUCCAACUCCUGUGCUACGGUGGAAGAGAUGGGAAAGGACUUCAAAGGAGGGUUCUGGGAGGAAAGUCUCAGAGUCAGGAAACUUAUUCAACAUCACUUUCACUUGAAUGGUGCUUCCCAUGUCCGAAAUCUUCAUCCAGAACAGUUUUGUCACCAUGGCUUUGUGAUGGGUAAAGCAUCAGAGGCAGGUUUCGGGAAUGAAAUGUACAAAAUUUUAAGUGGUGCAGCAUUGAGUAUACUUUUAAACUGGUCCCUGAUCAUUGGGAAACCAGGCAUAUUGGGGAAAAUUCUCUUUCGGGGAUUACAUUUCUGAUUCCAAUGUUUCCUUUACCAUGAGAGAAAUUAAGCAUCUGUGGAGACUUAAUAAAUGUGUUAAGAAGUAGGGAAGGCAACUGAUUAUGAGGACUGAUGACUUUGAGAAGCCCACACAGACAAAUGUCCUUUGUAAUGACUGGAAGAAAUGGAAACAACCUAUCAUAUGGGGAAAAUUCCCUAUCGGGGAUUAUAUUUCUUAUUCCAACGUUUCCUUUACCAUGAGAGAAAUUAAGCAUCUGUGGAGACUUAUUAAAUGUGUUAAGAAAGUAGGGAAGGCAACUGAUUAUGAGGACGGAUGGCUUUGGAAGCCGACACAGAAAAAUGUCCUUUGUAGUGACUGGAGGAAAUGGAAGCAACCUAUCAUGAGGUUCCAAGAUACAAAUGACGCUGUGGCAGCCCAAUUUUUCUUGAAAAAUAUACACCCCGAGAUGAGGAAUGCUGCUUCUAUUUUUUUUUAUAUUUGGAAAGCCGGAGGUUCUCCAUUUUCGGCCUAAUGUAUUUGGGGAGAUGAUGAGAGUGCUUACAACUCCUUCUGAGGAUGUUGAGGAUGCCAUCAAUUGGUUUUUUAGUGGAGUGGAACCUGAUAUUUCACUGCACAUGCGAAUGCUCAUGAAUAAGUCUAUCAGAGCUGCACAGGCAGCAUUGAACUGCAUCAGAAAAGCUAAGCAAAAUCUUGGCAAAUCACCAAGACCCAGGGUAGUCAUAGUGUCAGAUACUCCCCCUCUCGUGAAAAAUAUUACACCAAAUAUAAAUAAAUUUGCAGAGGUCAUUCAUUUUGAUUAUGAACUUUUCAAAGGAAAUAUAUCUGAUAGCAGAAAGGGGAUGCACAGUUUAGAUUUUGGAAUGAAAGAUUGGGGCCCAGCGCCUGGAUGGAUUGCCUUUGUAGACUUUUUUCUUGCAUCACGUGCAAAAUAUGCUGGCGCGUCCGCGGAUCACAGGCGUGUUGGGACGACAUAUGCACAGUUAAUUGCAGCACUGGCUGCAGCAAACAAUCCUGGUACUUACAUACAUGUAGUGUUUGGAUCAUUUCCUCUUACAAAAGUUGCUCAAACCUCAAAGUGUUGUAAUGUUCAUUCUAUUCUAUCUUUCUCAGGCGACAAACCAACUGGUUCUAAUUUUGCAUUUUUAAGUAGCUUUCAAGGUGAUUUGUUGAGAGAAGGUUUAAGAUUUCAGAUUGGUUGGGGGCAUGUGUGGAACAGAUUUGCAGGUCCCCUUGCCCCCUUGCCCCCUUGCCCCCUUGGGUGUCAUAACCAGCCCAAUCAAUGUCCUUUCACACAGCUUCUCCCUCCGGCAUGGUGGGAUGGCCUUUGGCAAUUCCCCCUUCCAAGGGAUAUCAAGAAGUUGGCGGAGUACGGCAUCCAGUUAUCGAGGUUUGGCACAAUUGAUGAAAAUUAUCUUGACACUUUUUGUAGCACAAGGAAGGUUGUGGUGAAAACUGUUCCAUUCCUUUUGUAAGCAUUUCAUUCAUCCUAUGUUUUGGCACGUCCUCCACUUUUUAUGCUUGUAACAUUAAGCCACUCAUUCACGUUGUGUCCAACUCUUUGUUUUUAUUUUUGGCUUCUUCUGUUGUAUCGCCAUCAAAUCAAAGUCAAGGCCGGUUGCCUUUUAUAUCUUAAAUAUUUCGAAUUUUGUU